UCUCUUUCUCUUUCUUCCAAUUUAGACGAUUUUCUUGUGAUACAGAGGGAAAGAAGGGUGACAAGAGAUAAGAGAAGAAGAUUCAAGUAGUCUUCCUUCAGUUUCUCUAUAUGAUGCUAUUGUUUUGACUAAAAGUGUCUCCCAACAACUGUUCAUGCUCUUCUUCUUCAGCCUUUCCUCUUUGUUUUCAUGUCUCAAAUUGUCCCCCAACUCCCUUGUUGUUCUUCUUGUUAUUGUUGUUGUUGUUCAUCAGUCACAACUUUAAUUUAAGUAAUCUUGUUGGACGUCACUGUUCUUUGAUUUACAUCUUUCUUUUCUAUUUGUUUUUUUUUUAAUACAAACGGCUGAAAAAAAAUUAGAUUCUUUAUUGCUUUCUUUUCUCUCAAGUCUCAAUGAGAAUGUUUCUCAGAUCCAAUCUAGAGAUCACCCCCCAUGCACUGAUCUUAAUUCUCUGCAGAAUGUCUUCAUGAUUUCAUCGCCCCAUCAAUCCCAUUUUUGUUUCUCUCUUUGUUCUGUUUUCUAUCAUUUUCUUCCAAUCAUUCCUUUCCACAGUCCCAUAAAAAUCCCAUCUUUCUGUCUCUCAUAGUCUUCUCCAUUUUCAUAAAAUUUCCACCUUUCUCUUCCUCUGUUUCUCUUCUCCAAUCACAAACAAAAAAAAAUCCAAUUUUUAUUUUUCAUUCUCUCAUUCUCUUCAUCAAUUCCAUAAAAUCCCAUCUUUCUCUGUCUCUCAUACUCUUCUCCAUUUUCAUAAAAUUUCCACCUUUCUCUUCCUCUGUUUCUCUUCUUCAAUCCCAUAAAAAUCCAAUUUUUACCAUUCAUUCUCCCAUUCUCUUCAUCAAUUGCAUAAAAAUCCAAUUUUUAUCAUUCGUUCUCUUCUCCAAUCCCAUAAAGUUCCCACCUUUCUCUUUGCAAUCAUUCCCAUCUCCAAAUCCCAAUCAUUCUCCUUUCCAAAUCCCAUAAAAAUCCCACCUUUUACAUAGCUCAUAGCUCAUAGCUCUCAUUCUCAUCUCACAAAUCCCAUAAAAAUCCCACCUUUAUGGGUUGCACGAGCUCCAAACAAGCCCGGCGGGACCGUCGCCGGAGCCCCUCGCCAGUGCCCCGCAGUCUCUCACUCUCCGGCCGCCACAUCGUUGCGCUCACCUCCUCCACUCUCGGCUCCCUCCGCCUCGACCCCCACCACCACCACCACCACCACCACCACCACCACCAUCCCUGAUGACGACCCCUUCAAGCUCUCCAUCUCCCUUGACUCCUUGUCCGACAUGAUCGAUCUCAAGAUCUCCAGAUCACCAUCAUCAUCCCCACCCACACCUCCCAACGAACCAGAAACCAUCAACACAUGGGAACUCAUGGCUGGCCUCGAAGACUUCCCGGAACCAACACGGACUCUUCCCUACGGCCAAGACGCCGAUGGCCACGGCUCCAUCAUCGCAGACUUCAAUCUCCCACCGACAUCACCGGAGACCAAGAUCCCCAGAUUCACCGGCAUUGUAAAACAGAGAAUCAAUGCAUUCCAAGAAAAGAUUGAUGCCAAGAGAUCCAAGAUCGCUCCAAGCUCCGAAUGCCCACCUGCCGGCCAAGAGAAGGUGGUCUUCUACUUCACUAGUCUCCGGGGAGUGAGGAAGACGUACGAGGAUUGCUCCACAGUGAGAGUCAUACUCAAUGGUUACAAUGUGAGAUUGGAUGAGAGGGAUGUGAGCAUGGAUGGAGGAUUCAAGGAUGAGUUGAAUCAGUUACUGGGACCUCGGUUUGGAGGUAAUCAGUUGCCGAGAGUGUUCGCUAAUGGUGUUUAUAUUGGUGGUGUGGAAGAGGUGAGGCAAAUGCAUGAGAAUGGGGAGCUUGGGAAGGUCAUGGAGGGAUGUCAACCGGUGGUGGUCGGAAAAGGUGGUGUCGCCGGCGGGGUUUGUGCGGCGUGUGGUGAUGUUCGGUUCGUGCCUUGUGAGAUUUGUUAUGGGAGUUGUAAGGUGUUUGUGGAGGAGGAGGAGGAGGAGGAGGAGGUGGUGGUGGUGGCGGAGGAUGGGGUGGAGUUUGGGGGAUUCCGGCGAUGCCCGGAGUGUAAUGAGAACGGGCUUGUUAGGUGUCCCGUUUGUUGCUUACACUGAAUCAAUUUUGUUUUAAUUAUAAUAAUAAUAAUAAUUGUGAAAAACAAAUGUAUGUAAUUAACAUUUUAAAGCUUGUGAUUUUUUUUUUUAAUAUUUUGUAAUAUUUUGUAAGUGUUGAUUGUGUCAUGUUUGUGAAUCUAUUUUUGAGAGGAUUGUGGAUGGA